AGACUGCACAGACUACAGACUGCAGAUGAGGGAGAGAGAGAGAGCAGCACUGCCCUGUGACGUCGCGAGGGACAGUAGAGAGAGCGCGAGGCAGGAGAGGGAGGCUCCGCGAGCCGUCGUCGUCCGUCGUCCGUCCGUGUGUAGCUGCCGUCUUGCUUUUUUUGCCGAUAUUACAUCAUAUAUCAAUAUAAAUUCAUCCCCGACAUGUCUCCAAAGAGGAUACUCUCAUGAGCCGUUUAAUUGCCAUCGAUAUUUGGUAUUUGUUUUUUACCUGCAAGUCUUUUAGACGACGGAAUCAUGGCAAGUACAUCAGCGUCUGAUAUUGGUACGUUUUUCCGUUUGUAAACAGUAGUGUGUGAUGCUUUACGUCUAACACAACUCGUAAUCGCUUCUUUUCGCGUGUGCGCUUUGUCGUGUUUGUUGUCAUUGGCUGUAAUCGAGCAAUACAUUAACGCGAAGCACAAGUGUAAAUCUUGGGUUUUCAAUUACGGUUAUUUUGUAAUGUACAAAAAUUCGACUGUUAUUUAAUUACCCGAUUAUCUAAAAAGCAAUCGUGCAAGGUGACUCUCGCACAUGUCGAAUCGCGACGCACGCAAUAUUAAUCGUACCAGAGCAAUUUCACGCGCAGAAAGACAGCUGAAGUUUAAUACGAAGCUGUGCUUAGUGAACGCCUAGCGCGAGCAAUUAAACGACCGUAUUUAUUUACCUGUCGUACGCACACGUACACACACACACGCACACACGUUGGCUUUAUCAAGCAUCACUGAAGGACCAUCUCUACUCGCACACCGUUCCCAAAAGAGCCUGCACGACGCAGUGGAAGGAUGGCGCUCUCGCUUGUUCUGCUGUUUCUCCUUGGGUCUUUCUCACUCGCAAUGGCCUCACGUAAUAUAACUGCAGGUUGUGCUAUUAUUCGACCACCUAGAGAUGGAGGGAUCAGAUACAGGGGUCUGACCCAGGAACAGAUCCGCAGUGUCCAGGUGUUGCCGGUGGAUUAUGAAAUCGAGUAUAUCUGCAGAGGAAGCAGAGUAAUUGUUGGACCAAAGGUCAGAAAGUGUCUCCCUGAUGGCACCUGGACCGACCUGAACCAGCGCAGCAAAUGCUUGCUGCCAUGUCCGCGUGUGUGGACGUCCCUGGAGAACGGCCGUGUGACGGUUCAUCCUCCAGGACCAGCAGUAGAGGGCACUAUACUUCACUACAGCUGUUUGGAGGGUUUCAUCCUGGUGGGCAGAAACAGCACACAGUGCAAUAAACUAGGCAAAUGGGACUCACCCAAACCGGUCUGCCACUAUGACAGACAUUAUACAGGCAAAAAGAAACUCUACAUCGGAGCCCUGUUCCCUAUGAGUGGCGGAUGGCCAGGUGGUCAAGCAUGUCUCCCUGCUGCCCAAAUGGCCCUGGAUCUGGUGAACAAGAGAACGGAUAUUCUUCCGGAUUAUGAGCUCGAAUUAAUCCACUAUGACAGUAUGUGUGAUCCUGGAGAGGCCACAAAGCUGCUGUAUGACCUGCUGUACACAGAGCCUAUAAAGAUCGUCCUGAUGCCUGGCUGCAGCUCUGUGUCCACGCUGGUGGCCGAAGCUGCUCGCAUGUGGAACCUCAUAGUGUUGUCGUAUGGAUCCAGUUCUCCAGCUCUCUCCAACCGUCAGCGUUUUCCCACCUUCUUCCGCACACACCCCUCAGCCACACUGCACAACCCCACCCGCGUGCAGCUCUUCCAGAAGUGGAAGUGGACCAAGAUCGCCACCAUCCAGCAGACCACCGAGGUCUUCACCUCUACUCUGGAUGAUCUAGAGCAGAGGGUGAAGGAAGCAGGCAUUGAGAUCAGCGUGAGGCAAAGUUUCCUCACGGAUCCUGCUGUGGCCGUCAAGAACCUCAAGAGGCAAGAUGCUCGCAUCAUUGUGGGGCUGUUUUACGAAACGGAAGCCAGGAAAGUGUUUUGUGAGGUCUAUAAGGAGAAGCUGUAUGGGAAAAAGUAUGUGUGGUUUCUGAUUGGCUGGUACGCUGACAACUGGUUCAAGAUCAAAGACCCAUCCAUCAACUGCACUGUUGAGCAGAUGACAGAAGCUGUGGAGGGACAUGUGACCACUGAGAUUGUCAUGCUCAACCCAGAGACAGUGAGAGGGGCCUCCAACCUGACCUCACAGGAGUUUCUAGCGCAGCUGAUGUCCAAGCUGGGCGGGAAGAAUCCAGAGGAGACCGGAGGAUUUCAGGAAGCUCCUUUGGCGUAUGAUGCAGUAUGGGCUCUGGCUCUGGCACUCAAUAAGACAGUGGGACCCUUGAAGGCAAAGGGCCGCAGAUUGGAAGACUUUAAUUAUAAUAACAAGGACAUCACGGCGGAGAUUUACCGAGCCCUGAACACAAGUUCAUUCGAGGGGGUUUCGGGUCAUGUGGUGUUUGACGCCCAGGGCUCUAGGAUGGCUUGGACCCUCAUUGAACAACUGCAAGGAGGAAGUUACAAGAAGAUUGGAUACUACGAUAUGACCAAAGGCAAUCUCUCUUGGUAUGGGAAUGACAGGUGGAUAGGUUCUGGCCCACCUGCUGAUCAGACAGUGGUGAUUCAGAAGUUCAGAUAUCUGUCACAGAAACUCUUCGUCUCUGUGUCUGUUUUCGCUGGCUUGGGCAUUUUAAUGGGGAUUGUUUGCCUCACCUUUAACAUCUACAACAGCAAUGUCAGGUACAUUCAAAACUCGCAGCCCUACCUAAACAACAUGACCGCAGUGGGCUGCAUGAUGGCUCUAGCUGCUGUAUUUCCUCUGGGAAUUGAUGGGCUGCAUGUACGGAACUCUCAGUUUCCUGUGGUCUGUCAGUUUCGUUUGUGGCUGCUUGGACUAGGCUUCAGUUUGGCUUAUGGAAGUAUGUUUACGAAGAUCUGGUGGGUUCACACUGUGUUCACAAAGAAGGAUGAGAAAAAAGACAAGAGAAAGCAGCACCUGGAGCCCUGGAAGCUCUACGCCACCGUCGGGGUCCUGCUGGUAAUCGACAUCCUGUCUCUUAUGAUUUGGCAGAUCGUGGACCCCUUGCAUAUCACAGUCGAGAAGUUCACCAAAGAAGCUCCCAAAGGCGAUGUGGAUGAGUUGAUCGAGCCUCUGCUGCAGCACUGCAGUUCAGAGAAGAUGAACACAUGGCUUGGUGUUGUGUAUGGCUAUAAAGGUCUGCUGCUGCUUCUGGGUAUUUUCCUGGCAUAUGAAACCAAGUCUGUGUCCACUGAAAAAAUUAACGAUCAUCGAGCUGUUGGGAUGGCCAUCUACAACGUCUCGGUGUUGUGUAUGAUAACAGCUCCUGUCACCAUGAUUCUGUCCUCGAAGCAGGACGCCUCAUUCGCCUUCGCAUCUCUGGCCAUUAUCUUCUCUGUCUACAUCACUCUGGUAGUCCUCUUCGUCCCCAAGAUGCGAAGGCUCAUCACUCGAGGCGAAUGGCAGUCAGACCAGCAGGAGACCAUGAAGACCGGCUCAUCUACAAACAACAAUGAUGAAGAGAAAUCCCGCCAGCUGGAGAGAGAGAACAAAGAGCUGCAGAAGAUCAUCCAAGAGAAAGAGGAGCGAGUAUCAGAGCUGAGAAACCAGCUGUCAGAGCGGCAGGCCCUGCGCUCCAGGAAGCGGCCCACCUCCAAUCAGAACCACAGCUCUCCAUCUAUUCCCACUCCACAGAACGAUCCCAAAUCUCUUCUCCCGCCUCCAGGAUACCCGCUGCCUUCCUCCGACAACCACUCCUUCUCCAACUCUUCCCCCUUAUACCAGCCUGAUGGCAAGAUCAAUCGCAACAACUGCCAUCCUGGACGCCUGCAGCUCCUCUACAAGUGUCAACACUGAUCUGGGCCAUCUCGCAGAUGGAAACGGACGAGGUGGAACAUCAAUAUA